CAUUAGACAAAAAUUCUCCGAGUAAACCCUAGUUCAGCUCCAAAGUUUUAGCCAUGGCGCCUCCUACUACCACGCGCCGCCACUCUCGAACCCCCGACCGACAGCUCCAAAAGCACUUGGAAGGCCUUUACCUCUCCGUAACCCCAAGCGUAGUAGCGAUCGACAGCCACUUCCUCGGAUCCAAAAAUUGGGAUCUCCAGAAUCCCGUCCGUCACAAAACCGGCGUUUUCGUAUCUCCGACCACGAUCGUCACCUCCGCCGACGUAGUCGGCCGUGUCUUCGCCGAGAAACCGGCCGACAAAUGCUGCGCCGCCGCCGCCGCCCUCCACAGAUCCUACAUCGCACAUAACUUCGCGAUCACUCGCGACACUCACCAACCUCUGAGGACGAAUGUCCUGGCGGUGUGCUUCUCCCACGACGUCGCCGUACUGGAGGUGGUGGACGUGCCGCCGGAGGGGACCUGGUUCACACCGUGCUCGAUCGCGAAGUCUCCGCCGGAGAAGGGCGGUGUUGUGAUGGGGGUGGUGCAUCUGGCUGACAUGCAGUUCGGAAUGAUGCCAGGGCACGUGAGGGCCGUGGGCGAGAAAACCGUCAAAAGCAAGGCGCCGUGGCCGCUGGACGACGGAUCCGGAUGGGUGGAGUUCGACAGCCGCCAGUUCAACGGCGGAUAUCCUCGCUCGUGGAGUGAUUUGUUCACAAGUAAAGAAGCGAUUACCGGUAUAAGGCCUCCCUUUACCGGGAGCCCUUUGUUCAACGGCGACGGAGAGUUCUUCGGCGUCGCGUCUUGGGGUGUGACCGAGAAGGGUACCCAACAUUCGGUGACUUAUGGUGCGUCUCUUUUGCAAAUCAUGGCUGCUUUGGAGUAUGCCAAGAACAAAAAACCCGACGAUCCGAUUGUCAUGGAUACUUGGAUCCAAGGGUGAUUAAUUGAUAAUUAAGGUAAUUAGAUCAACCAAGUUUCUUGUGAAGAAGUGGUGUUUGUUGGCUUUGUUGCAUGCACG